AUGUUUGUUGACCAUGAAUACAUUUACGACGCCUUUGUGGCCUACACUUCUGACGAGUACGAAUGGGUCAUCCGACAAUUACGGCCAAAACUUGAGUUGGUGGAAGAUGCUGUCCGACUGUGUGUUCAUGACAGAGAUUUCAUUCCUGGAAAACCCAUUCAUGAAAACAUCGUAGACAAAAUGAAGAAGGGUUGCAGGAUUUUGCUAAUCAUGAGUCCCCGGUUUCUUAAAUCCCCAUACGGUCAUCUGGAAAUCGAAUAUGCCGGCAUGAAAUGCCUGGAGGAAGGCAGGGACGACGUUAUCAUCUGUGUACUGAUGGAGGACGUUCCAGUUCGUCAAGAGCGCUGA